CGUCGCCCCUCUUCGUCGCAGUCCCAUCUCUCCUCCCCACCACCACCGUCCACCCCCCCUUGUCUUCGCUCGAUCUGGGAGUUCUCGCGAGGCGAUUGGGUUUCGGAGAAAUCAUGGAGACGCUCUCCCUGAUCGACGUCUCGUCGGAGGACGACCUCCUUACGUCCCCCCAUUGCGGUGAUCCCAACGAUCAGAGCUCUUCAGAUGGAUCAAUGUGUUUGUUCUUGACGUUUGAUUGCUUUAGAAUCGUAAGGAAUGCAUCUUGCGUGCUCGAAUUUCCGUUCACAGCUGUCUUAGGUGAGAGUCAAGUUAAAACAUUCAAGCAGAUGGAACAAGCAAUCCAGGAGGCAGAGCUAAAACAAUUAAAAUCUGGCAAACUCCGCUUACGGAAAAGUUUAGAUUGGGAUAGAGACUUUUUUACAAGUGAAGGAGUUCUGAAUCAUGAAGAACUGGCCACUUUAAACAGCACAUUCAAGAAGACUGAAGCAUAUUCACUUCCUACAAUUCUGGAAGAUGCAAGGAGAAAAGCAGAGUCAAACUCAACUUUAGAUAAUGAUAGCUGGGCUCUGGAAAAUCUUGAAGUAGAUUUGUUCGAAAAUGUAGGAGCUUGCAAACAGAAGGCUCUUGUUAACGGUGAAAAGGCAUUGAGCUUGCUACAUUCCAGCAAGAAAAACAAUCCAGUGAAGGAAGAUGAACAGCCCCAUGGAUCAUCAGUGAAAUUUGAACCAUUUUCUCACAUUAAGAACAAGUCUCACAUGCCAUCGGAAAGACAAGGUGUUAACCGCCAUCUCCAUAAGCAUAAUUCUGGAGGGGCCACUGUUGUUACAAAUGUGGCUGCUGAUAGAACUACUCGUUCAAAGGCUCUGUCAAAGCCAACAAGAGUUUUGUCUGGGGCAACUAUGCCAUCAAUGCCAGCAAAGACGAGAUUUUUUCCUGAAAACACCCAAAUAAGAAUUAGUAAUACGAAAGAUAAACCAGGCAAUGUGUUAAUGCAUAAAUCUAGUAUCGUCUCAAAAAAAAUAAAUGAAGGCCCUUCCAGUGGCAAUUCUAAGUCCUUCCAAUCAUCAAAAUCUACUUUGAAGUUGGUCAGCAAUUCAUCCGACAAAGAAAAAUCUCCUUUGAAGAUGACAGGGAUGACAAGCACAUCUAGAACUAUCAGUUGCCCUUCUUCAUCUGGAUCAAUCACUAAGAAGGCAUCUACCAGGACAGGCGGAAUAACUAUCCGCAGAAAUGCAAGUGAUCCUGCAAUAUUCCCAAACUCUGCUGUCAACUUAUCUUCAAGUACUUCUCCAAGUAGUUCCUUUGACAGUGUUGCUGCAGGAUCAUCAUCGCCAACCCUUUUUGCUACUGAAGUCAGUUCAUCAUCCCCAUUGUUGGAAGGCACUGAUAAUGACAAAGUUUGCUCACCAAGUCUUAAAUCAUGUCAAAAUUUCAAAUAUGGUGGAAACCAACUAUGCAGACUGCGUAGUACUGGAAGUUCUUCGUAUGAUGAACUAACAUCUGAAGCAUCAAGAAGGAAUCAUCCAAGAAGCUUCACUAAUAAGAGCUCCGAAGCAAAAUGCUAUGGAUCUUCAGCAAAGAAAACACUAACCUCACAGACUUGCAACAAGCAGCCCAAUUUCCCGAAAGCUACCAUUGGAACCUCUAAGACUGAUUCAGUGAACAAAGGAAAACCCAGUAAGAUACAAGAUACCACACUUGCUACUCAGAACAAGACCAUCACUUCUGAUUCUCGGCAAACUCAAUCUACUGCUCGUAAGUACAGAAUCCUGAUCUCUUAAACAACUACCAAAGCAUGUUGAGUAGAAUGACUUUACUGGCAUGUCAGAAGCAGUCUGAAUUAUGCCCCACUGGCUGUGGAUUUCUGCCUUUUGAAAAAUGAUACCAAUCAAGGUUUUUGAAGUAGCAAAAGAAGUCAUCAGUAAAGCUCUAAAAUCAAGUGCAAAGAGGCAAGGUAGUGAUCUGCAUCCGAAGCAUACAGUAAAUGUUCCUGAGAAAGUUGAAGCAAUGAAUUUGAUCGGCAAAGUUCCGACAUAAUUAGGAAACACUUUGAUUGAUGGAAGCAAUGCUUUCUUUCUUCUUUGGGUGAAUGGUCACAUAUAAUCAGGAAAAUUAUCACUGGGAUUCACCUGCCAUGAACAUGGGAGAACGAAAUCAUUCUUCCUGCAGAAUGAACAGAUAGCCUGAGCAAAUAGUUCACCUAAUAGCAAUAGGGAAAGAAACAGGAGAAAAGUACUCCUGUUUUUAACUUUCGAUGAGAAAAAAUUGGGUCUUGAACAUUCAGCAUUUUCAGAAUCAUCUGUCAUACUGUUCACUGAUCUAAGCUGAAGGUUUCAUCAUGUUCUGGAAAAAAUAAGGGAGAUUUUUUGCAGUGCAUGUGUAUUAUAUCUACCUUGUGCUGACCAAAUUUCUUUGUCAAAGUGAAAGAAUAGAUUCAUGUAUUAGUUACUUGACAACUAUAGCUUUGACACUAAAUUAACUAUAAACGAAAGAGUUGUGGCACUUAAUUACAAGAAAAUAAAAUAGUCAACAGCUUUUGCCA